GCUGAGCGGGCAUGUCUUUCGCUUCCAGCCCCGCUGAGCGGGGCGCACGCCGCCUCUGAAGGGGAGCGUGUGAGCCCCGCCGCCUCCCGGCCAUGCGGCCCCUCCGCGCUCCCCUCGCCUUGCUCUGCCAGGUGCUGAGCGCCUGGGCUGCCUGCGCCCUCGCCCCGGCUCCCGUCGCGGCCGCCGGGCCGCCGGCGCCCCCGCAGCGCGCCCGCUCGCAGCCACCCCCGACGCCCUUCGCCCCGGGCCGGCGGGCGGCCGCGGCGCUCCCGGGGCGCGGAGCGCUCCCUACCGGGGCCGGGGGAGCGGCGGGACCGGGCGGCAGCUGCGCUCCCCACGGGGCGGCGGGGGCCGGGCGGCGGCGGGCGCGGAGCAGCGAUCCCGGAGCCGGCGCGGCGGCGGGGAGGGGCGGGGCGGGCGGGCCCCGCUGGCUGCCCCUGAACGGUUCGGCAGGCGGCGAGGGCAGCGCCGGGGGCCGCGGGAACGCCACGGGGCGCCGCGCCCGCCUCCGCAACCCCUUCUACCCGCUGACCGAGGAGUCCUACGGCGCCUACGCCGUCAUGUGCCUCUCCAUAGUGAUCUUCGGCAUCGGCAUCAUGGGCAACAUGGCAGUGAUGUGCAUCGUCUGCCACAACUACUACAUGCGGAGCAUCUCCAACUCUCUGCUGGCCAACCUGGCCUUCUGGGACUUCCUCAUCGUCUUCUUCUGCCUGCCGCUGGUCAUCUUCCAGGAGCUCACCAAGAAGUGGCUCCUAGAAGACUUCUCCUGCAAAAUCGUCCCGUACAUCGAGGUGGCCUCUCUUGGAGUCACCACAUUCACACUGUGUGCCCUCUGCAUUGACCGGUUUCGUGCUGCCACCAACGUGCAGAUGUAUUAUGAGAUGAUCGAAAACUGCACCUCGACGACGGCCAAGCUGGCUGUCAUCUGGGUAGGUGCCCUGCUGCUGGCACUGCCAGAGGUGGUGCUGCGCCAGCUGGCCAAGGAGGACCCCGAGUACAGUGGCAGCCCCCCGGGUGAGCGCUGCGUGGUGAAGAUAUCCACCGCACUGCCCGACACCAUCUACGUGUUAGCUCUCACCUACGAUGGGGCACGACUCUGGUGGUACUUCGGCUGCUAUUUUUGUUUGCCUACCCUGUUCACUAUUACCUGCUCCCUGGUGACAGCGAGGAAAAUCAGGAGGGCUGAAAAGGCUUGCACAAGGGGGAACAAGCGACAAAUUCAGCUGGAAAGUCAGAUGAACUGCACAGUGGUGGCUCUGACCAUUUUAUAUGGGUUUUGCAUCAUUCCCGAAAACAUUUGCAACAUCGUGACUGCCUACAUGUCCACAGGGGUCUCUCAACAAACUAUGGACCUCCUCCAUCUCAUUAGCCAGUUCCUUUUGUUCUUUAAGUCCUGUGUUACCCCAGUUCUCCUCUUCUGCCUCUGUAAACCUUUCAGCCGGGCCUUUAUGGAGUGUUGCUGUUGCUGCUGUGAUGAAUGCAUCCAGAAGUCUUCCACAGUGACAAGUGAUGACAAUGACAAUGAGUACACCACGGAACUGGAGCUCUCUCCUUUCAGUACCAUCCGUCGCGAAAUGUCCACUUUUGCCUCCGUGGGGACUCACUGUUAAUUUACCUUAGGACUUUUUAUUUCCUGUAUCUUUUUCCUUUUUCUUUUUUUUUUUUUUUUUUUACUUUAUAUUUUUCUUCUUGAAACAAAAUGCAGGAAAAAAAUUACUGUUGAACACUACUCUCAAAACCAAUCUGUGUAUUAACAGUCAUGCUUUGGAAAAUAAUUUGUUUGGUUAUUAAAAGGAAAGAGAGACAAGGAGAGUCAGCACUCAGUUUUAAGUCAUGAUAUUUUGUAUGGUGCUAAGAUUUCAUUGCUUGGGGAGGAAGGUCCAUAUCGAUCCACUUUUAUUUAAUUCCAUAGUAUUUUUUUUGAUAAUCACUGCAAAAUGAUUUGUAGACAUUGUGGGCUUUGCAAGAUGGUUCACGUAAAAGUUGUGGUGGAAAGUAUUUGAAGGUAGUUUUAAUCCAAUUACUGUACACUAUUGUGAGAGGACUUGGACUUCAGAAAAUUUAUAAGUAGCAUAAAAAUAAAUGAGGCUUUAUUCUUUAACUUCCUUGUCAAUCUGCAUUUAACAAAGACAUCUAUGAGUACUAUUAAAUUCCUUUAAUAAGUAAAAAAAAUCUUUGCAUAAAAUAAUAUAGAUGGCCAUAUUUAAUUAACAUUUGGGUACUUACCCUUGGAGGAUAUAAUUACAGUGUUCAAGGAAGAUGGUUAUAAUGGUAUUAGAUUUAUAUGAGUGGGUUUUUUUAAUGUUAUAUUAUGAAGGUCCAGUAUGCCUCAUUGAAAAUUUUUUUAACCUGCAGGUAUACAAAAUCUGAGUUAUUUUAUACUUACAAAGAAACAUUCAUUUUAUCAUUGCAUUUUGUCUUGUGUGGUUUCAAAAUCAAGUUUCUUUCCAGUUUGCUAUUGGUUUUACAUUGGAAUUUUGUCCUCAGUCUCUGUAUAUAUAGCUCCUACUAGCUUCAGUGAGUCUCAUUGCAGAGGAAGGCAUUUUUUGCCAGAGGUUGCUGACAAUAAAUGUGAGGGACUGAAACA